AUGGACCCCUUCGACGAGGCCAGCCAGGCUUUCCUUGCAUGGCUUAGAAGAUCUGGAGCGGACAUCAGCAACAAAAUCGAGCUGAAAGACCUGCGCAACAUUCAAGCCGGACGUGGCGUUGCUGCGAUAGACAAAAUCGAGGAAGACGAAGUUCUCUUCCGUAUCCCCCGCUCCGCGAUUCUCUCCGUCGAGAACUCGAUCCUCUCCAAGGAAAUCCCGAAGGCCACCUUCGAGCAUCUCGGACCAUGGCUCUCACUCAUUCUUGCCAUGCUCUACGAAUACACGAACGAAGGCGCUUCGAACUGGGCUCCAUACUUCAAUGUGCUGCCCUCAGAAUUCAAUACCCUGAUGUUUUGGGAGAAGGAUGAGCUUGCGGAGCUGCAAGCCAGCGCCGUAGUACAGAAGAUCGGGAAGGACGGGGCCGACGAGAUGUUCACGACCGAGCUAGUGCCGGUUAUAAAGGAGUUUGCCGAGGUCUUCUUCUCCGGCGAUGAGAAGGCGAAAGAUCGUGCGGAAGCGAUGAAAGAGCCCGACAACCUCUUUCUGAUGCACAAAAUGGGUUCCCUUAUCAUGGCAUAUGCAUUCGAUGUGGAACCUGCAAAUCCCGAGAAAGAUGUGGACGAGGAGGGAUAUGCUUCGGAAGACGAGGAUGAAGCCCUUCCGAAGGGAAUGGUGCCCAUGGCAGAUAUGCUAAACGCUGAUGCUGACCGUAACAAUGCCCGUCUGUUCUACGAGGAAGAGUAUCUGACAAUGAAAGCCCUCAAACCUAUAAAUGCUGGCGAUGAGAUAUUCAACGACUAUGGCCCUCUGCCGCGGUCAGAUUUGCUCCGUCGAUACGGCUACAUCACGGAUAACUACGCAAAAUACGACGUCGUCGAGAUUCCAUUCCCUCUGAUCAAGGAAAUCGCAUCAGCAGCUGGCUUGUUUUUGGAAGACCGACUGGAAUACCUCGACGAGCACGAUGUCAUUGAAACCGGCUACGACAUCGGCGCUAGUGACCCGUUCACUCUCCUCGAAAGUCUGUCUCCGGAGCUCAUCGUCUUGGUAGAGACUCUUCUGCUCCCCAGCGAUGAAUUUCGCUGCCUGAAGAACAAGGGCAAACUUCCGAAACCGGGCACGAUGACGGCCAAGGGCGCAGAACUUCUACACAAAUUGGUGCAAGCGAGGAUUCAGCAAUACUCCACCUCUGUCGAUGAGGACAUCAACGCGGCCGUGGACGAACCUAUGACUGGCCAAUAUAACUCCAAGGAGCGCCGCUACGCCAUGGCUAAAACAGUCCGCAUUAGCGAAAAGAACAUCCUAAGAGAAGCAGAACAAGCAUUGGGUCAGCUGGCAAGAGGGGGUGGAAAUGCGAAUGGCGCGUCGAAACGACAAGCAGAAGAGCAGGAGACUGGUCCCGGGAAGAAACAGAGAGCGAAAUGA